UCCUUCAAAAAAUGAAAAUAUCACUGAUCUACUUGAUUCUACUACCCAUAAUAGCUCACGGAGCAACAUGUCCGGUCUGUCCAGUUGGUGGAUUAUGGUCAGAUUGGACGACAACUGAAACGUGUGCAACUACAUGUGGCGGAUGCUCACAGAUCAACUAUUCGAGAACUUGCUUGUCAACUCAAAUGGGAAAUUGUCCGUGCAUCGGUGUCACCACCAAGCUUAUGAUUUGCAACACACAAGCAUGUAACUGGCCACGUGUCAACGCUACCUACGAAAACUGUUGUACAGGAACCCUGACGACCAUUGCAAAUUGGGUGCAUUGUGCUCCGCUACCGGAUAAUUACACAUUGGCAUGUUGUCCAGAUGGGGGAUAUUGGACGACAUGGUCGGGUUACAGUAAGGUUUCGAAUCAGGCUGCGUGGCAGCGUUCACGUACUUGCCUGUCGGGAAGCUACAACUGUCCGUGUACUGGAGAUUCGGUUAUGAUUACACAUACAUGCCCCUGCACCCCUAUAACCGUCAUCACUUCGACCUCGAAUACCUGCGCCGGCGGAACACUUCAUGACAAUCCAUUCUCCGUGAGGACUCCGGUUUUUAUGUCAUCCCAGUGUGAAACCCUUGUAGUUCUGAAAGCGUCAAAUAUCCGGAAUAACUUUUUCACGCUUGCCACAGAUGGUGAACAGGCUCAGGGUUCAAUAGGUUAUAUCGAUACUUCUGGAACUUGCCGGCAAUCUGAUAUUACUGUGACUGAUGGAGCAUCUGCAGUUGGAAGUAACGGACAAUUUUUGAAGUACUCGUUGACUUGUAAUUUGAACACUUUGAGAUUCGAUGGUACUGUUGCGGGAGUUGCAAUGACAAAUGUCGUUUCUUUUGCACAGUAUUAUUGAUUGGAAUAUUUGAGAGAAUGAAUAAAAAAUAUUACAGUUUCAA